CCAAAAAAUAAAAUAUAAAAAAAUUUGCGCCUAAUUCAAGCAUCGAGUUUAGCCAUUGCAGCUAAAUCUCUCCCAGAAAUGGUUUUUGUAUAAAAUCAAAGCUUAUAGACUAAAAAAUAUAUUGUGGAAAUUGAUAUAAUAAUUAUUCUGAUAUAGGCUGCCCUUUCACUGACAGAUCGUGUGCACUUACGUGGCAUCCCUUUAGUAUCUUUCAUAAAAUUUAGGAGGGGAUUCAUCAGACACAACUGUCUGGUUCCACCAUCGCCAGGGAAAUAAACCCAAUUUUACGGCAGUGACCCAAAAGAAACCGACCAAAAUGGAUCCACUCUGGCUCUUUUACAACAUUUUUGCUGUGCUGUGCAUUUUGAUUGUAGUGCUUCCAUUUGUUUCAAGGAUUGCUUCCUUCAUUUACGUUUUUAUCUUGGCUAAGUUAUGCUGCCAGAAGAAGGACUUUUCACAAAAAUAUGGAAAAUGGGCAGUUGUCACUGGUGGAUCCGAUGGAAUUGGCAAAUGCUACGCUAUAGAAUUAGCCAAAAGAAAGCUAAAUGUUGUUUUAAUUAGUAAUGUCAAAGAUGCAUUGAAAAGCGUUUCAACUGAAAUAGAAAGUAGCUUUGGAGUUCAAACGCGAAUUAUCCUAGCUGAUUUUAGUCUGGGUGAAGAUGAAUACCAAAGGAUAUUUGUGGAACUAAAAGAUUUGGACAUUGGAGUGCUAGUCAAUAACGUUGGUGUCCGAUUUGGUGUGCCCAAUCGUCUUGAGGACAUGACCCGCCACGAAAUGUGGACCAUGAUGAAAAUCAACGUCAGUGCAGCUAUUUCAAUGUCCCAUUUCGUAUUACCCUUGAUGAGGAAAAACGAAAGGGGGCUUAUCAUAAAUAUUGCGUCUGCAUCAGCCCUCUUUCCUGGACCUUACGCUAUUCUAUAUGCAUCAAGCAAAGCAUUCAUCAAAAGCUUCUCUGAAGCUUUGCGUUACGAGUGCAGAAAGUCUGGAGUAGAGGUGCAGACAGUUUGCCCCAGUUUCGUCGAUACGCAAAUGUGCAAAGGGAACAACGCUUGGAAGCUAAUUUCGCUGCUUUAUCCAUCACCUGAAAACUUCGUCCGCAGCGCAGUCUCGACGAUUGGCUUCACGAGCUUGACUACCGGCUAUUGGCCCCACCAGUUGCAGUUCAUUGCCAUGGAGAGAAUUUUCCCAAAGUGGUUUGGAAUGAGAAUGAUGAUGUUUUACAUGAAUACGAAUCGACGAAAGGCACGCAGCCAUCCUCAGCAGUGUUCUAUGAACGUUUAGAAUCAAAUUUUUUUCACAUCUUUUGGCCAUUUUGAUCUUGUUUUUUUUCGCUUGCUUCUGAUAUGUUAAUUAACAAGAUCUAAUUGCAAAUUAUCUUUAUUUUUAACUAAUUUUUUGCAGCAUGUUUUAUUUGUUAACAUAAUAUUGUAAUAUAUUUGCAAAAUUCUCGUGUUUCUAUUUCAAUUUGUGAGCAGUGUAUCUUUAGAAGCAAAUACAUGCCUCUGUUUUAGAUUAAUAAAUACUUUUAUUAGCAACUAACUUUAAUGAUUAAAAACGUUGUUUGAAAGUUGAUUGAUUAUACGGUGUCUGAACUUGGGCGGGAGAUUUUUCUAGCUCUGGCAGACAAACAGCGGCGAAGGUCAAAAAAAGGCAUAAAAUAUUCCACGCGGUCUGCCUUGACGUUUGCAGUCAGAAAAUGCAAUAUCAUGUCAGUCGGUUUUUGGUACCAGAGCAGAAUGGAGCUAAUUUGGAUCCUUUACAACAUCAUUGCCCUGAUCUGCAUUUUGAUCGUUGCGAUCCCACUCAUCAUCAGAGGAGUGCUAUUCUUGCACGUUUUUCUCAUCUCGAGGAUAUUUUACAAGAAAAAGGAUUUUACGAAAUGCUUCGGCGAAUGGGCAGUUGUGACAGGUGGAUCAGACGGAAUAGGAAAAAAUUUUGCAAUUGAAUUGGCAAAGAGGAAGGUGAAUGUGGUUUUAAUCAGCAAUGUGCAAGAAGAUUUGAAAAAAGUUGCAAACGAAAUUGAAUGUAAUUUUGGCGUGAAAACGAGAACAAUUGUGGCUGAUUUCAGUCUUGGCGAAGAAGAGUAUCAACGAAUUGAAUCAGAAAUUAAAGAUUUGAGCAUUGGAAUAUUAGUAAACAAUGUGGGCAUUGGUUUGGGUUUGCCAAAUAAGUUUGAAGACAUGACCCGCCAGGAAAUGUGGAAUAUGCUGCGUAUUAAUGUGUGUGCUGCGGUUUCAAUGGCUCAUUUUUUGCUGCCUUCAAUGAAGACAAAUGGAAAGGGACUGAUCGUCAAUAUCGCAUCCGCGUCGGCACUUUUGCCUGCACCUUAUGUAAACCUAUAUGGGGCUAGUAAGGCAUUUAUUAAAAGCUUUUCGGAGGCGCUGCGAUAUGAGUGCAGGAAAACUGGAGUCAAAGUGCAGACGCUUUGCCCGUGUUUUGUAAACACCAGGAUUUGCAGCGAAAGCAAUGCAAGAAAGCAGCUCAAGCUUCUCUUUCCAACACCCGAGAAGUUUGUCAAAAGCGCCGUGGCCACAAUCGGCGUCGCGAGCACAACCACUGGCUAUUGGCCACACGAGAUUCAAUAUAUUGGCGUGGAAAUGGUUUUACCUAAAUGGAUUGGAAUGAAACUAAUGAUGCUUCUGAUGAAUACAAAUUUGAGGAAGGUUCGCAAAGAAAGUGCCUAAUACAAUGAAGGGCAGCUAAAUAGUUGAUCAAAUUUAAAAACAUUACUAAAUGAAAAUAAAAUAAUUAUUAAAUGUGCUCAAGCAAAUCACCAUAUUUACAUAAGGCAUCAAACAUUGUAAGCAAUAAAAAAGAUACGAAAUCCUCUCAGAAAAAGGCUGUUGAAGUUGUGUGAAUAAAUUUUAAGAAUUUUUUACAAUCAAAUUCCAAAUUCAAGCUUGUACAUUGACCUCUCUAUUGUAUGGUCACCAAAGGCGGCAGAUGGCCAAAAUUGACUAAUACGUGAGGUUCAUGGCGAUUUGUAGGUCAAUGUCUUGAGGACGCAUUAUGUAUACAUGUGAGAAUCUUCAUCGAGUGGGGAACUCUCGCUGAAGAGAAACCACCAGCCUAAUCUCCCAGCAGUCGUGGCACCAACACGGUGCAACUUGGGUUCAUUUUUAAAUUGUGAC